AUGGCUGCGCGCAGCGGGCUGGCCGCUCUCGGUGCCGGGCGCCGGGCGUGGAAUCUUCCUGUGCGCCUGUCUGCGGGGCUCCCGGGCUGCUGGCUCCGGAGAGGCUACGUCGUGGGCCGCGCUGAGAGCCCUCCCACCUUUGGCUUACUGUUCGACAUCGAUGGGGUGCUGGUUCGAGGCCACAGAGUGAUCCCCGCUGCUCUGGAAGCUUUUGGCAAGCUGACAAACUCCCAGGGAGAGAUGCGGGUACCUGUGGUUUUUGUCACGAAUGCGGGGAACAUCUUACAGCACAGCAAAGCCCAGGAGCUGUCAGACCUGCUGGGGUACAAGGUGGAUCCAGACCAAGUCGUUCUCUCUCACAGCCCCAUGAAACUCUUCUUACAGUAUCACAACAAGCGGAUGCUGGUGUCUGGGCAGGGACCUGUGGUGGAAAAUGCCAGGUCACUAGGCUUCCAGAACGUGGUGACCGUAGACGCGCUGCGACGAGCCUUCCCGGAGCUGGACAUGGUGGACCUCGAGCGGCGGCCGAAGAGCACGGCCCCGAGGAAUGACUUCUCCACCAUUGAAGGGGUCCUCCUCCUUGGGGAGCCAGUCCGCUGGGAGACGAGCCUGCAGCUGAUUAUGGAUGUCCUCCUUAGCAAUGGAAACCCUGGGACUGGGCUGGUGACAGCUCCGUAUCCCCACCUCCCUGUCCUGGCUAGCAACAUGGAUCUCCUGUGGAUGGCUGAAGCCAAGAUGCCCAGGUUUGGUCAUGGCACCUUUCUGCUGUGCCUGGAAACCAUCUACCGGAAAGUAACAGGCAAGGAGCUGAAAUACGAGGGCUUGAUGGGCAAACCCAGCAUCCUCACUUACCAGUACGCCGAGGACAUGAUCAGGCAGCAGGCUGAGAGGCGGGGCUGGUCUGCCCCCAUCAGGAAGCUCUAUGCUAUAGGUGAUAACCCUGUGUCUGAUGUCUAUGGUGCCAACCUGUUCCACCAGUAUCUGCAAAUGGCAAAGCAUGGAGAGGAGGGACCUGGGACUGGUGGGCAGCAAAAGCAGCGGCCUCCAGCAGCCCAGAGCUGUGCCUCCAUCCUGGUAUCCACUGGCAUAUACAGCUCUCAGGACGCAGGUUCCCAGGUGCCCACGUCUGGAGGGGCAGAGCCAUUCCACGGGCACCGAGACUUCAGCUUCAGGCCAGAGCUCCUAAAGGCCUCCCACGUCGUUCGUGACGUGAACGAAGCCGUGCAGCUGGUUUUCCACCAGGAGGGGUGGGCUUGAUAGUAAGGAGAUGUAGCAGAGGCAAGGGGCUGUUGGGGCUUUCGCCUCAGGGACUCCUGUGUGCCAGCUCUGGUCCAGGUCCCAGUCCUUGCCCGGCCCCUUGCCUGCUUCCUGGACGAAGAGGACCUGCAGCUUCAGGAGCUAUGCAUUGACCUUGGGCAGCAGUUCAGGACGACUGGGUUCUGGCACUACCUGUGUGUCUCCUGCAGUCUGACCUCAGGCCGGUUCCUUUACCUCUGUGCCUCAGUGUCCUCUCAAUAAGGACUUUUCCCCCCUCAAUACAGGGUCUCAACUAUUGUAGCUCUGGCUGUCCUGGAACUCGCGCUGUAGACCAGGCUGUCCUCGAACUCACAGAGAUCCGCCUACCUCUGCCUCGUGAGUGCUGGGAUAAAAGAUGUUGCCACCACACUUGCCUCAGUAAGGACUUCUAAAAACGGGGACAGUGUACAAUUAUGUGCAAACUUCUGGAGAGCCUUUGCUCUCGCUGAGGGAACCCUUGUAUGCCAGUAGGGUGUGUACUAACACUCUUGAUAGCUUCCACUGUAUUCUAGACUAUUGCCCUGAGGCUCUUGGGCUUUUCUUUUUUUUUUUUUUUUUUAAAUUAAAAACGACCCUAGUAUUUGUUA